GAACCAUUUCAAAUGAACAGGCUGCCUGGAAGGAGGACAAAGUCCAUGGAUGACAUUCCUUACCUUGAGCUGAUGGACAAUCAACUUAAUUUAACACUGACCAGUCAACAAACGCAUACAACUCUGUCAGAUUCAAGUGACAUGGCGUCCCCUGUCCAUGAUCAAAACACCACUGUCGCUCAAAAUGAAAUGGAUGUCGGUGACAACGGAAUACUUAAACUGUCGCAUAUAACACUGCAAAACUUUGAUUUGAAACCUAAAGGAUGGGGAUCAGACAUAAAUGACGCAAAGGACAUCUCCAUGAAUUUAAAUGAAGACGAGUCUACAGAAGACAGACUCUUAUCACAGACCUCUCCUGACCACGGUAAUGUAAAAGAUUUUGAGUCAGAAGAGAAUAUAAUAGACCAAAGCAUUGCGUCUCAGAGAAGCAUUCACCAACAAAGAUUUCUCAGAGAGAAGUCUCCCUCAGACUCUGACAUCAUGUCAACUCUAAUAGAGGCAGAUCUGCUGGAUCAGAGAAGUAUGUCUGCGGACCAUGUCCUCAAAUGGCAGUUGGAUAUAAAUAGAUCAAGUGCUUCAGAAGACAGCAUCUGGUACCUGUUUGCCAAUAAAUCAAUGGAACAUCAAUCUGUAAAGGAGUCGGAAUCACCAUCUACCUUGAGAAGAGUUCGAUCCUUUGAAAACUUUUUGUCCAGUUCUGAUGGCCUCGGCCACCACCGCACUCGCUCGGCAGACAGUAUCCACACCAACAGUAGUUUGACAGAUUCCAGUAUCCACAGAUACAAGGGUUACAAUGACCCUAAUCCACCAGUUUUCGAAAGAGCCGCAUCCCUGGACAACAUAUACCAACAGAAAGUUAGGCAUGUCCAGAAAGAACAUUUUCACAGAUCCAGGUCAGCAGACAUGCUGGAUGCAGGAAAUGAUGACGAUGAAAAUGACCAAAUAUUUCCACCUGCUGUAACUGAAGUAGACACAAUUAACAUCAUAGAUAACUCAGAUAAUAUGGAUGAAGAUCAGUUCCUUAGGAGAGAAUCCAAUGUUUCG